AUGGAACCAGGGAGUCUACGUGAAAACCCCCCUGGUUCAGGAGACCCUGAGUCAGUAGAUUGGAGAGAAGAGACCCCCGGAGUUGAGGCGGAGGAAAAGGAUGGGGAGCUCAAAGAUCGAGGCGGAGAUGGAGGCAACGAGAUAAAUGAUAAAUCGAAGGUGGAGUGUGCGGGCAGUGGACUUGUGCAAGAGAAUAGGGCAGAAGAAGAUGAAGAGGAUGAUAACCAAUAUGAAGAAGAACUGGAUCCGAGAAUUCAGGAGGAACUUGAACAUCUUAACCAGGCCAGUGACGAAAUCAACAGACUUGAGCUCCAGCUGGAUGAUGCGAGGUCUAGCUACAGGAGGAUCCUCACCGACUCAGCGCGGAAGCUAAAUGCCCAGGGCUCCCAGCUUGGUGCCUGCAUUGAAAAAGCCAGGCCUUACUAUGAAGCCCGAAGACUGGCCAAAGAGGCCCAACAGGAGACUCAGAAAGCUGCCCUGAGGUAUGAGAGGGCUGUCUCUAUGCAUACUGCUGCUAGAGAGAUGGUGUACGUGGCUGAACAGGGGCUUUUGGCCGAUAGGAACACACUGGACCCCACCUGGCAGGAAAUGCUUAACCACGCAACAGCAAAGGUAAACGAGGCAGAAGAGGAGCGUUUGAGGAGCGAGAGAGAGCAUCAGCGCGUCACUCAGUUAUGCCAGGAGGCAGAGGCCCGUGUUCAGACUCUGCAGAAGGCUCUUAAGAGAGUUAUCAUCAAAUCCAAACCUUACUUUGAGCUCAAAGCCCAAUUCAAUCAUAUCCUGGAGGAGCACAAGUCAAAAGUAGUCCAGUUGGAGGAGCGCGUAGCUAAGGUGAAGACCCGCUAUUCUGUCGCCCUGCGCAAUCUGGAACAAAUCAGCGAGCAGAUCCACGCCCAAAGGGGGCGUGUCCGUGCCGCCCGAGAGCGGAACAGAGCCCGUGGAGGUCGGAGUUCUCCCGUGGGGGCGGAGUCCGAGGGCAUCAUUCAAGCCGGGGCUUACGGCGGGGUCGGGGUGAGUUUGAUGGAUAACGAUUGGGCGGACCAGGAGAAGACCAGGCAGUGGGUGGAGAAGCACAGGGAGACCGGGUGGGGCCAGAGGGAGAGAGCCGAGCAGGCGGGGUCCGACUCCAUGUCCGUCAUCAGCCUCCAGACUAUCGCGUCCGACCUGGAGAAGUGCGACUCUGUGGAGCACCUGGGGGACCUGAGCGAUGUAGGCAGCCUGAUAGGGGAGGAGAAAGAGGAGGAGAGAGAAAGACCAGUGAGAGCAGAGGAAAGAGCGACGGGGAGGGAGAUGGUUGCCACGUCCAGGCAGGAUAGAGCGGAGGGCGAGACAGGUACCUCAGGGACAGACAGACAACAGAGAGACAGAGAAAGCUUUGUCAAGCAGCAUCACAGGAGCGUAAGCUUGUGAAACACAGAAGCGAGAAGCUGGGUACUCAGUCCCAAGCUGUCUCUGUACACUUUUUCCAUCAGUCUCCCAGCCACCUACAAAUCGUUAUUACACGCUUAAACAUCC